ACAAAUUUUUAAUCACAAAACACUGUAAAAAGUGAAAACCCCUUCCCCUUCCCCUUCCCCUUCGCGUGCCAGCAUUCAGAAGCAGCGAUGCCAGGUGUUAUCGUCGAAAACGAGAAGAAGCUUCAGGAUGAUGACUGGAUCGUGGAAGUCGACGAUGAUAUGGAUGAUUCCGACGAAAGUGAUGACGCCGAGGAUUCUGACGAUGACGAUGGCAAGGAAGAUGACGCCGAAGACCGGAAUAGGGAGCAAUUGGCUGAAAUUAGGAUGAUGUUGGCAAAUAUUGUAAGGGACCUUGCUGAUAUUAGAAUGACUAUGGAAGAUAACUUCAAGCAGAUGUUGCUAACGCUAGAAGCUCUACCUGAUAAGGUUUCAGAAAUUCUAGCCCAACAUUUAGCUGGUCCAUCCGUGUCCCAUGAGCCUGGCCCAACCCCCGCAUCUACCACAGUGGACAGUAUAGCAUCUAAGCCUGAUUCCGCCUCCUCUUCACAUGCACCUGCACCUGCACCUGCUGUUGAUGCUCCUCCUGCUAAUACUGGUUGUACCCCUGAAAGGGUUCCUGCUUUUCUUGUACCUGCUGCUGCUGCUGUUCCUAUCCCGCCUAUUGAGGCUGGAGACACACAUAUGCCAGAUUCAGCUGCCUAGUGGAAGUUCUCUUCACCCUACUUAUUUUUAUUUUGCGUGCAUUGGUUGUGUGGUGGGGUGAGGGAAUUAAUUUUUUGUGGAUAAUUGUAUUUGAUUGACUAACCCUUCUUCUAGCAAAAAUAGCCAUGCUGACUUACUGGAAAAAUUGGGACUACGAAGCAUGAUGUCAAUAGUUAUUAAGUCGUCUACUACUACUGUAUAGUAAACCUUUUGUUAGUCCCUUUUGUAUGUUUUGAAUAUUUUUUGGAGGCAAACGAACAGUUAAGUGUUCAAUGUUAAGUAUCCUUUUGCACCAAAAAGAAAGAGAAAGAGCCCGAAUCCUCAUUUUUCUUGCUGCUUUUAUUUUUGGUUUGGCUGUAA